AAUUCUUCGCUAGAAAGGUCCACUAGCCCCUGCGUGUCAAACCAUUACUCCUAAUUGAGAGAGAGAGAGAGAGAUCCACUGUCAUAUGUUUGUAAUUUGACCAAUAUUUUCUGUCCUUCAAAACCCAGAUCUCAGAAUUUUGUGUUCGAGCUAGAUUCGAGAACUACUUUUCCUUCGUUCUGCACUUUUGAAGGUUCUCUGGUCUUACCAUUGGGAAAACUGAUUCGUUUAUACAGGGUAAGAAAUGGCUAUCCCAACAAGAAUUGGUCUUGCUGGUCUGGCCGUGAUGGGACAAAAUCUUGCCCUCAACAUUGCUGAGAAAGGAUUCCCUAUUUCUGUUUAUAACCGGACCACUUCAAAAGUUGAUGAGACUGUUGAACGAGCCAAGCAGGAAGGUAAUCUUCCAGUUUAUGGCUUUCACGAUCCUGAAUCCUUUGUUCGCUCAAUCCAAAAGCCUCGGGUUAUAAUAAUGCUUGUUAAGGCUGGUCCACCUGUCGACCAAACCAUCAAAACUCUCUCUGUAUACAUGGAGAAAGGAGACUGUAUUAUUGAUGGUGGCAAUGAGUGGUAUGAGAACACUGAGAGAAGAGAGAAAGCAAUGGCUGAGUUGGGUCUGCUUUAUCUUGGAAUGGGAGUUUCAGGCGGUGAGGAAGGUGCACGACAUGGACCCUCUCUGAUGCCUGGAGGUGCCUUUGAGGCUUAUAAGUACAUAGAAGAUAUACUUCUUAAGGUUGCUGCCCAGGUUUCUGAUAGUGGACCUUGUGUUACUUACAUUGGUAAAGGUGGAUCUGGAAAUUUUGUCAAGAUGAUUCACAAUGGGAUUGAGUAUGGUGAUAUGCAGCUGAUUGCAGAGGCCUAUGAUGUUCUGAAAUCGGUCGGGAAGCUCUCCAAUGAGGAACUACACCAGGUUUUCUCAGAGUGGAACAAGGGGGAGCUUCUAAGCUUCUUGAUUGAGAUCACUGCAGAUAUAUUUUUAGUCAAGGAUGAUAAGGGAGAUGGUUAUUUGGUAGACAAGGUUCUGGAUAAAACUGGCAUGAAGGGUACUGGUAAAUGGACAGUUCAGCAAGCUGCUGAGCUGUCUGUUGCGGCACCCACUAUAGCCUCAUCUUUAGAUUCAAGAUUCCUUAGUGGGUUGAAGGAGGAAAGGGUUGAAGCUGCAAAGGUAUUUAAAUCUAGUGGGGUUAGUGACAUCCUUGUGGACCAGGCUGUUGAUAAGCAGAAGUUGAUUGAUGAUGUAAGACAAGCACUUUAUGCUUCCAAAAUUUGUAGUUAUGCCCAGGGUAUGAACUUGAUCCGUGCAAAGAGCAUGGAGAAAGGGUGGGACUUAGAACUUGGGGAGCUUGCCAGGAUUUGGAAGGGAGGUUGUAUUAUCCGUGCUAUAUUUUUGGACCGCAUUAAGAAGGCCUAUGACAGAAACCCUAAUCUUGCAAACCUUCUAGUGGAUCCAGAAUUUGCAAAGGAGAUGAUUGACCGCCAGUCUGCAUGGCGAAGAGUUGUCUGCCUUGCUAUCAACUCUGGCGUUAGCACUCCUGGUAUGUCUUCAAGUCUUGCUUAUUUUGACACAUACAGGAGGGGUCGGCUGCCUGCUAAUUUGGUCCAAGCUCAAAGGGAUUACUUUGGUGCUCAUACCUAUGAGAGGAUUGACGUAUCAGGCUCCUUCCAUACUGAAUGGUUCAAGAUUUCCAAACAGGCAAAGAUCUGAUUUCUGGUGGUUGUCUUAUACCAUGUCAAGUCAUGGCUAUCUGCCUAAUUAUGUUCUUUUCCUGUCUGAAACUAAACAUUAUCUGCUUUUGUGGUUUGUCAUAUCUCUAUGGUUUGGGUCUCUGUUCGUUGAACGCUUCUGGAGAUCUUUCUAUUUCUGUUUCUUCUGGAGUUCUAUCCGAGAAUAUUUUAGCUUUCUUGUUCUGUAUUGAAACAUGUGAUCGUUUGAGUCACUUGAUCCAUCUCGCAGAAAUAAGAGCACAUGUGUCUCCACUGAUCUUGAGAAGCUGUUA